UCAAUCCCUGAUACAUAAACCGCAAAAACUCACAGUGAAGGGGGGUAACACUGGCCGAGAGGAAGGCAAAGCUAAAGUAGCAGAGUCCACAAAGCCCAAAGGCAGAGUAACAUUGAAAGAGACAAGCAGAGGAAAUCAAAGAUGCAGAGAGUGAAAGCUUUAAUAAAAGUAAGGCAUUCCUUUCAAACACUUAGGUUCCUCUCCCAUCAGAGAUGCUUCUCUGCACAGCCUAAUUAUGCCCCAUAUAAUGAUUUCCAGGACCAGGUUUUAGUGGAAGGGAGAGCAAAAUCAAGAGCUGCCAUUCUCAAUAGACCUUUUGCUCUCAAUUCACUUACCACUUCAAUGGCAUCUCGGUUGAAGAAAUUGUAUGAAUCAUGGGAAGAGAACCCUGACAUUGGAUUUGUCAUAAUGAAGGGUAAUGGCAGGGCUUUCUGUUCUGGUGUUGAUGCUGUUGCUCUCUAUCACUUACUUAAUGAAGGGAAAGUUGAAGAUUGUAAAAGGUUUUUCGAGACACUAUAUAAGUUUGUAUACUUACAAGGAACGUAUCUGAAGCCGCAUGUUGCAAUCUUGGACGGUAUAACAAUGGGAUGUGGAGGUGGAAUAUCUCUCCCUGGGAUGUUUCAUUUAGUGACCGAUAAAAGUGUUUUUGCUCAUCCAGAGGCCCAAUUGGGGUUCCAUCCUGAUUCAGGGGCUUCAUUUUAUCUUUCUCGCCUACCUGGUUACUUAGGGGAAUGCUUAGCUCUAACGGGAGAAAAGUUGAAUGGUGUCGAAAUGAUUGCCUGUGGCCUGGCUACCCAUUAUUGCUUAAAUGCUCGACUUUCUUGGGUCGAAGAAUGCCUUGGUAACAUGAUGAAUGAUGAUCCCACUGUCAUAGAAUCUUCUCUUGCACAAUAUGGUGACCUUGUUUAUCCAGAUAGGAGCAGCAUUCUUCACAGGAUUGAGACAAUUGAUAAAUGUUUCUGCCAUGACACUAUUGAGGAAAUUAUUGAUUCUCUGGAAAAUGAGGCCGCUGGUGCUUAUGAUGAUUGGUGCAGGACAGUGCUCAGAAAAAUGAAAGAAGCCUCACCAUUGAGCUUGAAAGUUACUCUACGAUCUAUACGAGAAGGUAGAUUUCAAUCUCUUGAUCAGUGUCUGGCACGUGAAUAUCGUAUGUCCCUUGCUGCAAUCUCCAAACAGGUCUCUAAUGAUUUCUCCGAGGGUGUCCGGGCCCGGUUAGUGGACAAGGAUUUUGCUCCCAAGUGGGAUCCUCCAAGGGUGGAAGAGGUGAGCAAAGACAUGGUAGAGUACUAUUUCACCCCACUUGGGGAAUUAGAGCCGGAAUUGCUGCUGCCAACAGCAUUGAGAGAACCUUAUAUAUGACAAGGAUCUCUUUUGUCACAAAAUUUUGGUGUAACAUCCCAUAAAUUUUCGGUGCAUCAGUUUCUUUGUACAAACUAUACUCUGUUGUAAGGAACAGAGGUUAUAGAGAGAUGUUUCGUUGGUCAUGUAAGGUCAUCACACUGUAUUUCUGUUUUGGUACUAAUUAUCUCAUGCUAUUUGAGUCUCCAUA